UUGUUUAUUCGCCACACACCAGUGAACACUAGGCUUAAUUGAAGUGACUCGACCAAAUCUAAAUUUUCCAUCUCAGGCUGUCAGCUCAGUAAGGGCUGGACUGAGCUUUUGUUAAACCUGCUUUCUGAAACAGGCGAGUUUCUGAUAUCAUCUGGUCUCUGGUAGUGUCUUCGUCCGUACCGGAGGUUAAGUUUCACUUUCUGUUUUUCUGUGGUGGCUGUGGCGCAGCUGCUUUUCUCAAUUUAACGGACAUGUAACGGUCACUUUUUUACAGUUUCGCGCCAACAUGACUUUUUGCUCAUCCUGUUAGCGCUUACUGGCUGCUGUUAACGUUACCUUUUUACAGUCAGCAGAAGUCUGCCGUUCGGUUGGUUUCAUGAACAAACAAAACGGGAGGAAUCUUUCUCCGCCAUUUUGCAUUUAUGAAAGUGUGUGUGAGCUGAUGAGGAGAUGAGUUCAGCAGCAUGAAUCAGUGUGAGGACACAGAGGAGGGAGUCCCUCCCUCUACACCCACUCUAUGUGGAGGAUAUGACAGCUCGACCAAAGCUCAGAGCCCAGAGCAGCAGCACUCACCAGUCUUUCCUGGACUGGGACCUGGACCCAGCUGUAUGUCUGUAAAGAGUGACUUGUCCAUGGAGCUCCCGCUACUUUUUAAAAGACAAGGUUUACCAAUGACAGAGAGCUAUGGGAGACCAGCCUCUGUUGAACCUGAACCUGAAUCAAGCUGUGUGUCCUUGAAGAGUGACCGGUCAAAUGAUCGCGACAUUGAUUUUAAAGGACGACAACCCUCUGCUGCAAAGAGGCACUGUGGGAGACCAGCCUCUUUUGAACCCGAACCUGAACCAAGCUGUGUGUCCUUGAAGAGUGUCCGGUCAAAUGAUCGCGAUAUUGAUUUUAAAGGACAACAACCCUCUGCUGCAAAGAGAGUCGACCAGGAGGGCUCAGAGGUUCCCAGUGGUCAGUCUGCUCAGCAGCAUCAAACACCCCUGGACGGGAUUUUUAUGCUGCUGGAGGAGAACAUUGUUACUUUUGUGAAGAAAGAGCUGAAGAAGAUCCAGAGGGAUCUGAGUUCAGGUUAUCCAGGCUCAAAGAGUCAGAGGGAGGAUGAGCAGGUGUUGGAUGGUGAGGAGGAAGAGCAGAGGAGGAGCAGCACAGAGGCAUUUUUGAAGAUCACACAGCAUUUUCUGAGGAGAAUGAAUCAGGAGGAUCUGGCUGACUGUCUGGAGAGCAUGAAUCAUGGUCCAGUUUAUCAGCAUAAACAUAAAUCUAACCUGAAGAAGAGGUUCCGGCUUGUAUUUGAGGGGAUUGCUAAAGCAGGAAACCCAACCCAACUGAAUGAGAUCUUCACAGAGCUCUACAUCACUGAGGGAGAGACUGGAGAGGUCAAUGAUGAACAUGAAGUCAGACAGAUUGAAACAGCAUCAAGGAAACCAGACAGACAAGAAACAUCUAUUAAAUGUGAAGACAUCUUUAAACCCUCACCAGCAAGAAACGAACCAAUCAGGACAGUGAUGACAAAGGGAGUGGCUGGCAUUGGGAAAACAGUCUUAACACAGAAGUUCACUCUGGACUGGGCUGAAAGCAAAGCCAACCAGGACAUACAGUUGACAUUUCCAUUCACAUUCAGAGAGCUGAAUGUGCUGAAAGAGAAAAAGUUCAGCUUGGUGGAACUUGUUCAUCACUUCUUUACUGAAAUUAGAGAAGCAGGAAUCUGCAGGUUUGACGAGUUCCAGAUUGUGUUCAUCUUUGACGGUCUGGAUGAGUGUCGACUUCCUCUGGACUUCCACAACAACCAGAUCCUGACUGAUGUCACAGAGUCCACCUCAGUGGACGUGCUGCUGACAAACCUCAUCAGGGGGAAACUGCUUCCCUCUGCUCGCCUCUGGAUAACCUCACGACCUGCAGCAGCCAAUCAGAUCCCUCCUGAGUGUGUUGAUAUGGUGACAGAGGUCAGAGGGUUCAUUGACCUACAGAAGGAGGAGUACUUCAAGAAGAGAUUCAGUGAGGAGGAGCAGGCCAGCAAGGUAAUCUCCCACAUCAAGACAUCACGAAGCAUCUUCAUCAUGUGCCACAUCCCAGUUUUCUGCUGGAUCACUGCGACAGUUCUGGAGGAAGUGUUGGAGACCAGAGAGGGAGGACAGCUGCCCAAGACCCUGACAGAGAUGUACAUCCACUUCCUGGUGGUUCAGUCCAAACUGAAAAACAUCAAGUAUGAUGGAGGAGCUGGGACAGACGCACACUGGAAUCCAAAGAACAGGAAGAUGAUUGUGUCUCUGGGAAAACUGGCUUUUGAGCAGCUGCAGAAAGGCAACCUGAUCUUCUAUGAAUCAGAUCUGACAGAGUGUGGCAUUGAUAUCAAAGAAGCCUCAGUGUACUCAGGAGUGUUCACCCAGAUCUUUAAAGAGGAGAGAGGGCUGUAUCAGGACAAAGUGUUCUGCUUUGUCCAUCUGAGUGUUCAGGAGUUUCUGGCUGCUCUUCAUGUCCAUCUGACAUUCAUCAACUCUGGUGUCAAUCUGCUGACAGAAGAACAAUCAACCUUCCAGACGUCUGAAACAACAAAAUGUGAAUCUGCAGUGACACAUUUCUACCAGAGUGCUGUGGACAAGGCCUUACAGAGUCCAAAUGGACACCUGGACUUGUUCCUCCGCUUCCUCCUGGGACUAUUGCUUCAGCCCAACCAGGUUCUCCUAGAAGGCCUGCUGAUACUAGCAGAAAGAAGCUCACAGAUCAAUCAGAAUAUAGUCCAGUAUAUCAAGGAGAAAAUUGAGGAGAACCCCUGUCCAGAAAAAAGCAUCAAUUUGUUCCACUGUCUGAAUGAACUGAAUGAUCGUUCUCUAGUGGAGCAGAUCCAACAGUUCCUGAGUUCAGGAAGUCUCUCCACAAAUAAACUCUCUCCUGCUCAGUGGUCAGCUCUGGUCUUCAUCUUAUUGUCAUCAGAAGAUCUGGACCUGUUUGACUUGAAGAAAUAUUCUGCUUCAGAGGAGGCUCUUCUGAGGCUGCUUCCAGUGGUCAAAGCCUCCAAGAAAUCUAUACUAAGUGGCUGUAACCUCUCAGAAAGCAGCUGUGAAGCUUUGUCCUCAGUUCUUAGCUCCCAGACCUCUAGUCUGAGAGAGUUGGACCUGAGUGACAACAACCUGCAGGAUUCAGGAGUGAAGCUGCUGUCUGCUGGACUGAAGAGUUCACACUGCACACUUGAAACUCUCAGGCUAUCAGGUUGUCUGAUCACAGAAGAAGGCUCUGCUUCUCUGGCUUCAGCUCUGAGCUCCAACCCCUCCCAUCUUAAAAAACUGGACCUGAGUUACAAUCAUCCAGGAGACUCAGCAGUUAAGCUUCUCUCUGCUGGACUGAAGGAUCCAUCCUGGAGUCUGAAAACUCUCAGCUUGGAGCCUGGUGGAGUCCAGUGGUUGAAACCAGGUCUGAUGAAGUAUUCCUGUGAACUAGCAUUCGACACAAACACAGUAAACAGGAACCUCAAACUGUCUGAGAACAACAGGAAGGUGGCAUAUGUGGAGGAGCGUCAGUCAUAUCCUGAUCAUCCAGACAGAUUUGACCGGUGUCCUCAGCUGCUGUGUGGAAAUGGUCUGACUGGUCGCUGUUACUGGGAGGUCGAGUGGAGUGGAAGAGCUUCUAUAGCGGUGACUUACAGAGGAAUCGGAAGGAAAGGAGACAGUGAUGACUCUGUGUUUGGAGAGAAUGAUCAGUCCUGGAGACUGAUCUGCUCUGAUGGUGGUCGUUACUAUGUCUGGCACAAUAACAAAAGAACAUCCAUCUACUCGAUCUCCUCUUCCUCUUCUGUCUCUAACAGAGUAGCAGUGUAUGUGGACUUUCCUACUGGCAGUCUAUCCUUCUACAGAAUCUCCUCUGACGCACUGAUCCACCUCCACACCUUCAACACCACAUUCACUGAACCUCUUUAUCCUGGCUUUGGGUUUGGGUUCUUGCCUGGUUCCUCAGUGUCUCUGUGUUUUCUGUAGGGAGUCUCAUUCUACUGAACAGGGGCCUGUACCACGAAGCAGUAUUUGAGUUUAUCUAGGUAACUUCCAGGUAACUUAACCCUGUGUUCUCAGUACCACUACGGUGGUUCUUUUCUUACUGGCGCAGAUUGCCAUGGUAACUUAUGCUGAAGUGCUAACCUGCUCCGGAGCGUGUUGUGUUCCAGAUAAGACAUCAACUCUAUGUUGAUCUAAGAUUGUUUGAUAAGCUGCUUUUAUGUUUGCUGCAGUGAUGCAGAGAAACUUUUGUAUAACAAUAUAAUCUUACAGAGACUGGCUGAAGCAAUAAAGCCUUGUAGGCUACUACUUGUUGAAGUCUAUUAAGAUAUUUAAGCUACUUACAGAUUUGAAAUGUGUUCAAUAAUUUAUUUGCUCCCAAGUCCAUUUCACAAAGCCAUUUCACAUAAAUGUUGAGAUUCGGUCUUUUGACCACUAUUUGUGCACAUUUUAUAGCAUGAAUGAUUUUUUUUUUGUUGCUUCCUUAAUUUAGAACAAUGUUUGGAACACUUUUGAGUGUGUUAAAUAGGCCUACAUUAUUCAGAUUUUUGAAGUUCUUAAAAGUGUGUUGGAACAACCACUUAUUCAGUGCUCAAGGCUUUUAAUGUGGAAACGCCGACACAGCCAAUAUGAAAGAAUCAGGCUAGAAUUGUAAUAUACGCCACAAGAACACAUGAAACCAACAUAUUCAUAUUAUAGGCUACACCUGUAACUUUGGCAUUCACACUGUCAGUGAUUGUCCAUCUUCCUGCAUAUGUCAGACAAUCGUAUAAUAUUCCAAUUUGCUCUUUGUAAAAUAUGACCCUUUGCUGCCAGUAGUGUUGCGAUUGGUCAUCUGCUGCUAACACCGCCUAUUUAAUGUGAACGCACUCAUGGCUGGAUUGGGAAAGUCUGGGUUGACUUACCCAGUUGAUAACCAGCUUUGUGUGACUUAGCCCGAUCAAGAUUGUUACGGUUAGUGAAGCCAGAUAACGGAGAUUUAUCCUUUGUAUGUUGAACUUGCUUCGUAGUACAGGCCCCAGAUUUUGCUGCUGUUGUACUCUGAUGUUGUUCCUGUUAUGUGUGGGUGAUGCUGUUUGACCCUGUUGUGGCUUGGUCUCACUUCUAGGUUACAGGUUAUUGCAAUAAAUUAACCAAUAACUGGCAGCAGCCGGUAGCUCCUUCAAA